UUCCAGUGAUUUGACUUCUGUCAAAAUUCUGUCAUAUUUGUGAAAAUUCUAAAUUGCUCACGAAUUAUCUGCUAAAAGUAGCUAAAAGUUUUCAGUCUUUGAAGCUUUUUUAAAUAAUUAUCACAAAAUAUGAGUUCCGUAAAGAUGCUAAACUUGUCCAGAGUUGUGGUUCGUAACCUUACCACCACUGUACCACGUCGUGCCGCCGCAAAGGGUGAAGUAGAGAAGGGCUACUUUGAAUUGAAGAAAGUGCAGGAACACUUCCAAAAGCACGAUGGCAAACCAGUGUUCCUUAAGGGUUCAUUCUCCGAUCAACUGUUGUACCGUUUGACCGUCGCUCUUAGUUUGGCCGGUGUUGGUGGUAUGCUGAAAUUGUUCUACGACUUGAGCGUUCCCCAGAGCCAAGAUUAAAUGCUAAACAACAACAUCUGUAAUUAAUGUUUUAAAUUAAGCUUUCAAAGUCUAAAAACAUAUAUGACUAAUCGGGAUGUAUAAGUAUGUUUCCUUGUUUUGUGAAUGAUGGAGUAAUGCAAUACCUAUUGUCUAACCUAUCCAUAAAUGUUUUAUGUUAAAAAUUAAACAUUCACAUAAACGCAUUUAAAACAUGGAAAUAUACGUAUUACAAACGAUAAAAGAAAAA